UCGAGCGGUGGUGGCUCGAACUCGUCACGUAACGAUACACAGAACACGGGUGCUAUUAUAGGAAUUGUGGCUGGUGCUGUAUUGUUGUUUCUUGUUAUGAUCUUGUUCUGCGUCUGUUGUUGUCGUAAGAAGAAAAAGAAGCAUCAAAUGCCGUACUAUGCAAGCAAUGGUUUCGCCACCGGCAAAGAUAUUAUCAAAAGAGGUGGAAGUGAUCAGUACCAACAGCAACAACAUUACAAUAACCAAAGCGAUCACGUAAUGAACUUGUCUCAUCAAUAUCCUGGAUCAAACGGUAACAAUAACUGGAUGAAUUCACCGCCUCCACCGCCACCUGGAAGCUGGCAACCGUCGCCGCCACCACCACCACCGCCCGUCUCAAGUGGUUUAAACGGAAACAGCAGCGACAUGAGCUCAAACUACUCAGGUCCAUAUGGCCCGUCCCUACCACCACCUCACCCUUCAGUGGCUCUAGGUCAUCCGAAAAUCAUUCAUAGAGAUAUUAAAGCUUCAAACAUUCUUCUUGAUGAAUCCUUUGAAGCCAAGGUUGCCGACUUCGGAUUAGCGAAGCUAUCACAAGACAACGUUACACAUGUGUCCACUCGUAUCAUGGGAACUUUCGGACCCUUGUGCUUAAACGCAGCUCAGGACGGAGAUUACAGUGAACUAGUUGAUCCAAGGCUUGAGAACCAGUACGAGCCUUAUGAGAUGGCACGAAUGGUGGCUUGUGCAGCUGCAGCCAUCAGACACUCAGCUAGACGCAGGCCUAAGAUGAGCCAAAUUGUUCGUGCUCUGGAGGGAGAUGCGUCGCUGGACGAUCUAAACGAAGGAGCGAAACCGGGGCAGAGCUCGUACCUCGGGAGGGGAUCAUCGAGCUCGGACUAUGACUCGAGCACUUACAGUGCGGAUAUGAGGAAGUUCAGGAAAGUGGCGUUGGAUAGCCAUGAGUACGGUGCAAGCAGUGAGUACGGGAACACGAGUGAGUACGGUGUUGACCCGUCUUCCUCGAGCAGCGAGGACGUUCGUAGAGGAGCAGCUGCUAACAACAAAACCACUCCUACCCGAGACCUU